AUGAAAGUCGUGAACCUUUUUCCAAUACUUGCUUGGAGCCCACUCCUCGCCUCCAUUGGUUCCUCUGCCCAGUGUUCUUCGUGGUCGUCGGUUUACAAUAAAGUGCUGGAAGGCAUCUGCGUCUGCAACGUGACCCAGUGUGACUCUGUUGUAGGUAAUCACACGCAACUAACAGAAGGUCAAGUGGGAAUCUACACCACGACCAGAGCCGGUGAUCGCUUGACGUAUCGGGUGAUCAACGUCGACACCUCCACCGUGGACAUACCAACCUACACGAUCGAUGUGACCACUCAAUACCAGACAAUGCUUGGCUUCGGGGGUGCCUUCACAGACGCGGCAGCCAUUAAUCUGUACAAGCUCGUCCCGGAACUACAAGACAUCGCCCUCGGCCAGUACUUCCUCGAGUCGGGACUGCAGUACAACAUGGCUCGUGUGCCCAUUGGCUCGACGGACUUUUCCCCGAGAACUUACACGUACAAUGAAAAAGUGGACGACUUUGCCAUGACAAACUUCACGAUCGCGUCCGACAAGGCUCCACAUUCGAACAAGAUAAACCUUAUCCAGCGCGCACUUAGUAUGGCGAAGCUGAGACUGUUUGCUUCUUCUUGGGCACCUCCGCUUUGGAUGACAAGAGGUCAGUCGGUCGUUGAUUGCAAGAUAAAGGGCAGUCCUGGGGGGAGAUACUGGGCAGCGCUGGCACUGUACUACUCCAAGUUCUUCGACGCCUAUAAGGGUGAAGGGAUCGAGUUUUGGGCGAUGACAGUACAAAAUGAGCCUGAAGAACCUACUUUUCAUAUCCCUGACUGGGAGACACUGCGAAUGACUCCUGAAGAAGAGAGGGAUUUCAUCAAGCUGAACCUUGGUCCGUUGAUGGCAACAAAUCACCCGGGUCUGAAGAUCAUAGCGAAUGAUGACCAGAAAAGUGGGCUUCUGGAUCGCUCUGCACCGUUCGACGACCCUGAGUCGAAGAAAUACAUCAGCGGAGUCGCCUUUCACUGGUACAAGAAUCUUGAUUUCAUUCUGCCGGGCGCUGGCAAUUAUCGGAACCUGAAAAGGUUCAACGAGGCGUACCCUGACAUGUUCAUGCUAGCAUCAGAAGCCUGUGAAGGAUAUAUGCCCCGUUUCAUCGGCACUGGACGAGGGCCAUCGAUGGAUGACCCAGAACGAACGUGGAAGCGUGCGCAGAAUUACGCGCGUGAUAUUAUCGAAAACAGCAACAGUAUGGCUGCUGGCUGGGUUGAUUGGAACUUGUUCUUGGACUCGAAAGGAGGUCCAAACUGGGCUGAAAAUAUGGUGGAUGCACCAAUUUUUGUCGCGGAGCGUAAUGGCACGGAGUUCUACAAGCAGCCAAUGUACUAUAUCAUGGGCCACUUCUCCAAGUUUGUGCCGCCGGGAUCGAGACGCAUCGAGCUGCCAGAGUCAGAGACGUUGAGCGAUUUCCACCGCUGCGCAUUCGUAACACCGAGCAAUCAGAUCGUGAUGCAAUUCUUGAAUUGCGAAGAGUCGGAGGUGACUAUAAGCGUGAAGGAGCCAAACUUGCACACGUUCACACUGAAGCUGCCAGCCAAAUCAAUGCAGACGAUUAUCCUGCCUGCGUCGGCGGACACUACAAUCUUGCCUGCAUCGAAGGACUCCACGGUCAGUAGUAGAUCGAUGGACACCUAA